AGGCGCGUCUGUUUUUCCAGUCGGGUCAGUUAGCUUGUUAGCAUGUGACUGUGGGAGCGGCUGGAUGUUCAAGCUCUUCACCGCUUCUGGGAACCAUUUGUGGGGGAGAUGCCGCAGGUCGAGCGGAAGGCGGAGCUCCGCACUCUGACGGAGUGUGGGUACCUGCAUCCAGGUGAGACCCUGUGUGACCUUCACUCGGUUCAGUCUCUGUUCCCUGAUCUUCGUCUCUACGUUGAUUUUUACUGUUUCCCAAACAAACAGAAGAAGAAGUUGUUGUUUCUCGCUGGGACACUUCCUGUUCAGUACGAAGGAAGUGAGUAUAAUAUCCCAGUAUGCAUCUGGCUCCAUGAGACGCACCCGUCAUCGAGGCCUCGCUGUUAUGUUUGCCCAUCGGUCUCCAUGGUGAUAAACUCGACCUGUCCCUGCGUGGACGCUGCCGGGGACAUCAGGCUGGACGCGCUCACAAACUGGGCUGAGGGUGUGUCCAACCUGUCACUACUCGUGUCAGAGAUGAGGCGGGCCUUCCAGAAGGAUACCCCCCUUUAUAGCAGGUGCCCUGUGCAAACUCCGCCCCCUGCAGGUGGACAGGUGUCAGCUGACAGCCUCCAAAGUCCCCUGCACACCUGCACCUCCUCCUCCCCACAGGGUCGCCAACUUUCUGAAGUCACCUACCAAAGUCCCACCCACUCUGUCGCAGCCAACCAGUGUGAGCAGAGUGCGGACGUGAGGGCAGCGAGGUCAUACACCGAUGAACUGCUGGGGAUUGACUUCAGUGCUCUGCCUCCCACCUCCAACCGCCACACCAACCCCUUCCUAAACUCCUCCUCAGGUACAGAACCCCUCAGCAGGAUGAUGGGUGAGCUGAGGCUAGAUGCAGACUCGCCUGCACGAUCUGUCCAAUCAGAAGCAGCGCGACGCCUCCCAGGUACGGCACGGCCAUUCGCCGCAGCACCUGAGCUACAGCAUCCUCAGAGAUCUCAGUUACAAGCGGACCAGGUGAGCCGGACUCUGGCGUCUCGGCAGCUUCUCCGGUCUGUGUCUCGGACGGCGGCGCAGCUCCCUCCGGACCAGGCGGCGGUCUUUCUGUCUCUGAUGGCGAUGGAGGGGCGGAGCUUCACUCUGGCCGAUGUCUUGGAAGCGGUCCAGAUCAACAGAGACUUCGCAUCAGCUCUCAGGUUCCUGAGCCACAGCUGCCCCAUCUGUCAAGAGCAGGUGUCCUUCAGCAAGAUCAUCACAAUGACGCACUGCUCCUGCUUCCUGUGUCAGACGUGCUUCAAGACGUUCUUCACAACGGCCAUUAAGGAGCGCAGUGUCGAUCAGCUGGUCUGUCCCCAGUGUGGCCGACCGGAGGUCAGAGGUCAGGGCGGGCUGGAAGAGUCCAUGGACUACUUCAACCUGCUGGAUACACAGAUCCGCCACUUCCUGCCUGCUGACGUCCACGAGCUGUUCCAGAGGAAACUCAGAGACCGAGCUCUGCAGGAGAUGCCCAACUUCUGCUGGUGUGCUCACUGUUCAUUCGGGAUGCUGCACGAGGCCCAGCGCCUCAGGAUGGACUGUCCAAGCUGUAAGAAGAGCACCUGUUCUCAGUGCAGAUCACCUUGGUCCCCCCAGCAUCAGGGUCUGUCCUGUGAGCAGUUCCAAGUGUGGCAGCAGCAGAACCAGCCGGACCCUCACAGCACCUCCCUGCUGUACAGCAGCAUCGAGUGUCCAAACUGCCAGCUGGUCUUCAGCCUGUCCAAAGGGGGUUGUCUCCACUUCACCUGCAGUCAGUGCGGUCAUCAGUUCUGCGGCGGCUGCAGUCAGCGCUUCGUUCUGGGCUCGGUGAGUUCCAGCUGUGUUCUGUACUGUACGACCAAAGGUCUUCAUGCUCACCACCCCAGAGACUGCCUGUACUACCUGAGGGACUGGAGCCUGACCCGCCUCCACCUGCUGCUGCAGCAUUACAGAGUGUCUCCCUCCUGGUUGGAACCGCCCAAGGCCAGCUCACCUGACACCACUCUGCCAGCGUCCUGUCCAGUGCUGGAGCUGAGAGACGACGGCAGCCAGAGGGAGGAGCCCUGUGGUCGACCUGCGUUACCUGAACACCGAGGAUACUGCCAGUCACACUAUAAGGAGCGUUUGGUGGAGCUGAUUAACCGUUGCCGUGCUGACCCAGCUGUCCUCUUCAGUCUGGCAGAAAUAAAGGCGGAGCUUCAGCGUUGGCAUGUUACCGUGCCGACCAGAAAACCCGAUGAGCCAGAGCCGCUCUACACUCAUCGCCUCCGCAUGAUGCUGACCAAUAGCGUUCCUCUCAGGAAACAGCGCUGCUCUCCGGUUAAACGCAUUAACAACCUCUGUCCUCUGCCCCCUCCUGCUGGAGCCCCGCCCCCUCAUGUGCUGCUAAGCGAUUGACUCCACCCACUCCUAAAGUAUGACCUCCCACUACACCCAUCAGCUGCUAUGACAGGGCGGCCCUGUGUUUUGAUUGGCUUAGCACAAAUAUACUAAUCAGGGACCAAAUAUGAGCAGCCAAUCAGAGUUAGCUAGAGGUGGCUAACGAUGGAAGCUGCCAGUUUUAGCAUCUGUUAGCAUGUGUUGAGCAGACUUCAGGAGGCGCAGUUUGAGCAUCCUGUUUUUGUUCGCUGCACUUUACCUGUUUAACCAAGUUUAAUGAAUAAAUGAGUCCUAGCAUACA